CCUCAUCAUUGAUCAAAUGCAUAGUACAAGAAAAGCAUAUCCAUUAUUUUAAAAAGGAAGCUCAUCACUUCAUAACUUCAAAAUAAUAAAACACAAAACAUCAGUUUCUCUUUGUAUAAGUGUUUUAAUUACAAUCAAUCAACCAACACAGGCAAGUCUAUGAUCAUGGCUUCCUCUGCUGCUGCAUCGAUCUCUAUGUUAACUCUGAAGAGCCUCUCUCGCAACCAUCAAUCUCACCAAACCUCUCUUCAAGGCUUCUCCAGAUCUUUCAAUAACCUAAGGAUCUCAUCUAACGGUCCAGUUUUCUCCCCACCAUCAAGAUCCACCACUUCCUCCACUAGAGGUUUCUUCAGAACCACUUGCAGCAGCAGCAGCACCGAGAACUCCAGACCAACUAAAGUUCAAGAACUGAACGUGUACGAGUUCAACGAAGGAGAUAGAAACAGCCCAGCGGUUCUAAAACUCGGGAAAAAGCCAGAUCAGCUUUGUCUCGGCGAUCUUGUCCCUUUCACAAACAAACUCUACACAGGAGAUCUCACGAAACGCAUAGGAAUCACCGCAGGUCUCUGCGUUUUGAUCCAACACGUUUCAGAGAAGAAAGGUGAUCGCUUUGAAGCUUCUUACAGCUUCUACUUCGGAGACUACGGUCACAUCUCUGUUCAAGGUCCUUAUCUCACUUACGAGGACACGUUUCUAGCCAUCACUGGCGGCUCCGGCGUCUUUGAAGGAGCUUAUGGACAGGUCAAACUUCGUCAGCUUGUGUAUCCGACGAAGCUCUUUUACACUUUUUACUUGAAAGGUGUUGUCGCUGAUUUGCCGGUGGAGCUUACCGGAAAACAUGUUGAGCCGUCGAAGGAUGUCAAACCGGCGGCUGAAGCUCAGGCGACUCAGCCCGGUGCCACCAUCUCUAACUUUACUGAUUGAAAUUAAUCAAAUCAUUGUGUGCGUCUUUGUCAUGGAUCUUUAAUGGGCUGUUUCACUGUGUUAAAAUUUUAAUAAUGGGCCUUUGUAUUGGGCUUUUAUGGGUAUUAGUGUAUUAUAUAGUUGCUACUUUUCGCGCGUGAACUCCACCUUCCGAGAUUUUUAUUAACUUUCUAUAUUUGGGAAGUUUGGCCUUUAUAA